AAUGUCGUGGAUUUGGAGGUGUUUCCCAGCACUGGUUCUCCUGAUGACCUCGCGAGCGGGAGCGGACGAGGACACCCGAGCCGGCUGCAGCACUGCUGUUAAUGACCUGGUCUACAUCAUGGACGGCUCCUGGAGCGUGGGAGACGAGGACUUCGAAAUAGCCAAGCGUUGGUUGGUCAAUGUCACCAGUGGCUUCGACGUGAGUUCCCACUACUCUCAGGUCGGUGUCGUUCAGUACAGUGACACGCCCCGGCUGGAGAUCCCUCUCGGCCUCCACAAGACCACUCAGGAUCUCAUUAAAGCCAUCGAGGAGAUCAGCUAUUUAGGGGGAAACACGCAGACGGGCCGCGCCAUAAAGUUCUCUGUGGACCACGUCUUUGCGUCUUCGCAGCGGAGUGACGUGAAGAACCGUAUUGCCGUGGUGGUGACUGACGGGAAGUCGCAGGACGACGUUAUGGACGCUAGCGUGGAGGCGCGAGCGCAAGGGGUUACGGUGUUUGCGGUGGGCGUCGGUUCGGAGAUCACCACGUCAGAACUGGUGACCAUCGCCAACGCGCCGGAGGGGGAUUACGUGCUUUACGCCGAGGACUACACCAACAUCGACCGCAUCCGGGACGCCAUGGCACAGAAGCUGUGCGAGGAAUCUGUGUGUCCCACUCGAAUCCCUGUGGCGUCCCGGGAUGAGAAGGGCUUCGAGCUGAUGCUGGGCAUGAAGAUCCACCAGAAGGCCCAGAAGAUCCCGGGCUCGUUGCUGUCGGAGGACGCGUAUCUGCUGGACACGAGCACCGACAUCACGGAGAACACAAGGGAGAUUUUCCCCGAAGGCCUGCCGCCCUCAUAUGUGUUCGUGUCGACGCUGAGGCUGCGAGGGCCUUCCGUCACGGAGAGGUUUGACCUGUGGAGGAUCGUGUCUAAAGACGGACAGAUUCAGGCCGCGGUGUCGCUGAACGGCCGGGACCAGUCCCUCGUCUUCACCACCACUGACACCGUUAAUGAGGAACAGGCCGCCACGUUUGAUGCUCAAGGCAUCGAGGCUCUCUUCGAUGGACGCUGGCACCAGCUGAAGGUUCUGGUCAGACCCAGACAUGUGACGUGUUUCCUGGACGACCGGCAGAUCCAGGACAGAUCUCUGGAGCCGUCGGAGCCGAUCUUCAUCAGCGGGAAGACUCAGAUCUCCAAGCGCUCUGGCUCGGAUGCCACGCUCCCUACAGAGAUUCAGAAACUGAGGCUUUACUGUGACCCACAUCAGAGCGAGAGAGAGACAGCGUGUGAAAUCUACUCUGUGGACGAUGAACGGUGUCCCCUGGAUCGAGAGCCCAGCGCGGGGCCCGGGGACGAGUGCGACUGCAGCGAUGGGCCUCCGGGACCGAGGGGUGUGCGGGGGGAGACGGGCAGAGACGGUCCCCCGGGCCCCGGCGGGAAACCUGGACCUCAAGGUUCAAGAGGAGAGCCGGGAGAGCCAGGUGUGCCUGGAGAAAAGGGCGACGCCGGUGUAUCGGGACCGAGAGGCGAUCCGGGACGCCAUGCGGCCAAAGGUGAGCGAGGAGAACGAGGGUUGCCAGGGGAACCGGGCCCGCCUGGACCAAUGGGAGCAACGAGACCAGUCAUUGGUACAGGAUUGCCAGGAGAAAAGGGCGAGCAGGGGCAGAAAGGAGAACGAGGACCUCAUGGAGAGCCUGGGCCAAUGGGUGAACCAGGACUCUCUGGGAGCCUCGGACCUGCCGGUUCUGCUGGGUCAAAGGGAGAGAAAGGAGACGUCGGGCUGCCAGGCGCAGAUGGACCGCAAGGCGUUCCAGGAAUCCGUGGGUUACCCGGUGAAGCAGGAGCGAUCGGAGCGCAGGGUGCAGGAGGAGCCGCUGGCCAGAACGGCUCACCCGGACUGAGAGGACCUCCGGGCGCGCCGGGGCCGUCAGGGGCUCCUGGAGCACUCGGACCCCACGGACACAAGGGUGGAGUGGGAGAAAAAGGCAUUGCUGGUGAUCCUGGUACGGACGGUCAAAAGGGCGAGCGGGGCGAGGCCGGGCCCCCAGGAGAUCCCGGAGCGAUGGGCCUUCAUGGAUAUAAAGGACACGAGGGAGAGAGAGGACAAGCGGGACCCAAAGGCCUUCAGGGGGAAAAGGGCAGCAGAGGUUCUCCUGGCACUCCUGGCACUCCAGGUGACGUCGGGCCGAGGGGAAGCAAAGGAGAGAAAGGUUCGGUGGGCGAGCCCGGGGUCAGAGGUCACGGCGGGCCGAAGGGAGACCUGGGUCACACCGGUGUGAUCGGGGCGAGAGGAUUCCCGGGACAGGAUGGUUUUCCGGGACAACCCGGCGCUCCGGGAUUUCCAGGGAAGCCUGGCAAGCCUCCCUCAGAGGAGCGUUUAAUGAGACUCUGUGGAGCCGUCCUGAGGAGCGAGCUGGCCCGGCUCCUGCAGACGAUGGGCCCUCAGCGCUGUGAGCCCUGCGAGAGCAUUAAAGGGCCCCCGGGACACCCCGGGGCUCCAGGGCCCAAGGGCUCCAGCGGGGCCCCAGGUUAUCCCGGCACACACGGGGCUCAGGGAUACUCAGGGCCCCCGGGGGUCCAGGGGCCGCCAGGGGUCAAAGGAGACACGGGCCCUCGGGGAUUUAAGGGCACUAAAGGAGAGAGCAGACUGGGAUACCCAGGGCCCCCCGGAGACACGGGGGUCCAGGGUCCUCGCGGCAGUGAUGGCGUGGGGGCUCCGGGUCCUCCGGGAAUAACGGGUAAAUCCGGGACUCCAGGCGUUCCAGGGAAACCGGGCCCUCAGGGGCCGACCGGAGUGUGUGACAUGUCCAUCUGCUACCAAUCCUAUAACCUCAGGGACGAGCACUACAGGAAAGGGCCUGAGUUCUGACACACAGACACACACACACACACACACACACACACACACACACACGCCACAGUAAAUCCAGAGGAAUCUACAGACGUGGCUUCGGACUGUGCGCUGCGAUGGUGCAAUGAAACAUAAGUGGCCUUUAGAUGAAUAAUACUGACAUUUAUAGAUUCAUAAACCUGCCUUUCAGUGCACAACGGGCUUUGUGAACACCAUUAACACAUGGUCAUAAGGUCAUUUGUGAAAUAAUACUGCAAGUCGAUAGAUAUUAAGAUGUCAUAAACAUAGCAAUUAACAUUAAUAUGUAUCACCAUUACUUAUGAAUAUUAAGUAUUAAUAAAGUAAAUGGCUAUUUUGUUGCCAAACACGGGACUUUUGCACCAUGAUCUGAGAUGCAAAAAUUAAAAACAUUAGUUUGUUUGUCAUUUGGUGCUAAGGAAGAUUAGGAAUAAAGAU